AGGGCCCUGCCUAGGCCGCGGCGGGGCCCCACGGGCCGGCGCCAGGAGCCCGUGGGGCCGCGGGGCUGAGGCCGGGCCGGGUCUCGCGUGUCCCCCCCCACCACUACCACGACCCCCGGCGCCAUGUACACCUUCGUGGUGCGGGACGAGAACAGCAGCGUCUACGCCGAGGUGUCGCGGCUCCUGCUGGCCACGGGGCGCUGGCGGCGCCUCAGGAGGGACAACCCCCGCUUCAACCUCAUGCUGGGCGAGAGGAACCGGCUCCCCUUCGGCCGGCUCGGCCAUGAACCCGGACUUGUGCAGCUGGUGAAUUACUACAGGGGAGCAGACAAGCUGUGCCGCAAAGCGUCUCUGGUGAAGCUAAUCAAGACGAGCCCUGAACUAUCAGAGUCCUGCACGUGGUUCCCUGAGUCAUAUGUGAUUUACCCAACAAACCUGAAGACUCCUGUGGCUCCAGCACAGAAUGGAAUUCGUCAUCUCAUAAACAACACACGGACAGAUGAGCGGGAAGUGUUCCUGGCAGCUUACAACAGGCGGCGGGAAGGCAGAGAAGGCAAUGUGUGGAUCGCCAAGUCCUCAGCUGGUGCCAAAGGGGAAGGGAUCCUGAUUUCUUCAGAAGCUGCAGAGCUCCUGGACUUCAUCGAUGAGCAGGGACAAGUGCAUGUGAUUCAGAAAUAUCUAGAGAAGCCUCUACUUUUGGAGCCAGGGCAUCGUAAGUUCGACAUCAGGAGCUGGGUUCUUGUGGAUCAUCAAUAUAAUAUCUACCUCUAUAAAGAGGGUGUCCUGCGGACCUCUUCCGAACCAUAUAACAGUGCUAAUUUCCAGGACAAAACCUGCCACUUGACCAAUCACUGCAUUCAAAAGGAAUAUUCCAAAAACUACGGGCGGUAUGAGGAAGGGAACGAAAUGUUCUUCGAGGAGUUCAACCAGUACCUGAUGGAUGCCCUGAACACGACACUUGAGAAUAGCAUCUUACUGCAAAUCAAACACAUAAUAAGAAGCUGCCUUAUGUGUAUAGAGCCUGCAAUCAGCACAAAGCAUCUUCACUACCAGAGCUUCCAGCUCUUUGGCUUUGACUUCAUGGUUGAUGAGGAGCUGAAAGUCUGGCUGAUCGAGGUCAACGGGGCCCCAGCUUGUGCCCAGAAGCUGUAUGCAGAGCUCUGCCAAGGAAUUGUGGAUGUAGCCAUCUCUAGCGUUUUCCCCCUCAGUGACACUGGGCAGAAGAUGAAUCAGCCAUCAAUCUUUAUCAAGCUGUGAUGACGACAGGAACAUCUCUGCUGAGUACAGAGAGAGACUGCACCCAUAGGGUCAGAGCAGUUCAAUGGCUUAUUUCAGUAUCAUGCCAAAAAGUGAUAGAGACAGGCUUUUUUUAAAAAAAAAAAUCAUGGGGAAAACCAACAAAACAGUUCCCAUGCAGAGCUGGGAUGAGCCAAAACUGCUCAGACAACUCUGCAUUCACCAAAAUUCGCAUUAGAAACAGCUCAUGUGACUUCAAUAUCUGAAACAAAUCUCUCUGGGAGAACAGCAAAAUUACCUUAAAAUGAAACCCCAACAGGGAUAUGACAAUACUGUAGUAGGUCAUCCUUUUCUAUACAGAAAAAAUUUGGGUUUUUUUAAGGUAAUUGAGCAAAGAGUACAAUGAUCAUCUGGGAUGUAUGGCUGGGAAGCUGUCCUCCUCCCACUGUAUUUCUCCUUUCUUCACCUACUAUAUCCUUAGUGCCUUAGCUCAGCUGCAAAUAGGUGACUCCUUUCCUUUGUUCCUGCUCUAUUAUGUAGAAAGGAACAAGCUCUCCUGCGUCACGGGAUGCAUAAAAAACAGGAACAUUGAGAAUUUGGUCUCCUUAGGUCAUUUUCCAAGCUGGCUGGCUGAACACCCGGGCAACGACUGGAUGAAAGGGUACUGAACUGCAGGUGGUGAAUUAACCCAAGCAAUGAAGGCAAUCUUGUUUAUUUAUAGUUAUCCCUCUUCCUAAUGAGAUUUGAAUCAGGUUCCAUCCUAGUCUAAUGCAGUUGGAUCCCAUUUAAAAAAGGUAGAGAGACCCCCUCAAUGCUGACCUGCCAGCUGUAGGAUUUCCAGCAUCAGUGUCUUGCUGGGAGUGUUUCAGAUGACAGAAACCCAGUCUCCUCGGAAAACUUCUUUAGAGGCACUGCAGUGAAUAUAGACUUUUCUCUCAGCUUCCACCUUUAUACAUGUGAGACUCAAAUGUAAAACCUUUCAACCCAACCAUUUUUAUUUCUGAUUCAGCCAAUUUUAUUCUCCUCUGUUCAACAAAUAUUGCACUUUUCUACCCCCAAACAGAGUCUAGUGCUCUGUCUCAGCUGGGGGUAUAGGGUUUUGUAAACCAAGAGACUCCUUCUGUGUAGGUUUGCCACACAGCUGGGACAGAUGGGCAUUUUUGGGGGGAAGCAGAUAAAAUUCCUUGCAGUCCCUAAAUUUCAGAACUAACAUCUGUUUUGAGUGUAACCUAAAUUCCUGACAUAUUCUGUUUACCUGAAUUUUUAGCCUAAGCCCAGGGAGCACGCCCCUCCUAAGCCAGGGCUCUUUGCAGAGCGCAGUGGCAUUCCUAACAGCAACUGGAUUUGCUGGGUGGUGCGUGGCCAGUGCUGUGUCCCAAAUUUUCCGAACAGAGGUGCAAAGUUUAACGAUUAAGUCUCAGGAGGCUGCAGCAAUGUCUGCAAAGAACCGAGUGCUUGCAGGCUCCCCAUUAAAAUUUGGGUUGUGCAUCA